AUGAGAACACUCAUCUUUUGUGAGAACCAUGAGAACAAAUCUCAGCCACUCAUUUUAUUUCUCAUGUGUUUUAAUGAAAGGUUAAAUUGUCAAUCAACUGUUCAGUCGGAAAACAACAUGAUGUCGAAUGUGUCCAGCUCUGUUGAUGCACCGAACAAUAGCUCUGAUGAUGCACUGAACAAUUCCAUUAAUACCAAUGUUGUUGAUGAAGAAGAGCCACAUAUACAAGAUUUUCAGGAAUCGGUUCGUAGUACUUAUUAUCAUUCACCGAAUGGCACUAGAUAUUGGAUACCACUGUUUUGGGUACGGUUGUCGACAACUAAGAAAUCAAAAGAUGGUACUGUUAGACUUAGGUAUGUUCUUUGUAGUAGAUCGGGAAAGCCCAAUUGCCAAAAUGUUGAUUCAAUGGUUUUGAAGUCAUCUUCCAAGUUGCCUCGUAGCAGUAAUUACAAGGUUUCAGACUGUAAAGCUAAAAUAAAGGUUAAAGUUUUCAAGGGUUAUCCUGGUUUACGGUUAUAUGAAUUUGUUGAGUCUCAUAAUCACCCGUUAGUUUCAAUUGAGAACAUGGAUUUGACGCGCAAGAGGCGGCAACUAGAAUUUAGCGACCAAGAUUUCAUUCAUAGGCUAAGUUUAGCUAAAGUUGGCCCGUCAACUGCCUUUAAGAUGCAAGCUGUUUUGAAAGGGGGACAACACAACGUCCGUGGUACCAACAUAGAAUAUAAAAAUUUCAGCAAGGAUUUAAGAGCUUUCAUUGGUAAAGGAGAUGCUCAAAUGGUUGUAAAUAUGAUGGAUAAACGUAAAGUUAAUUUAGAAAAUUACUAUUGCCAUUACAUAAUUCGUCAUGGAGAGCUUAGGUCCUUAUUUUGGGCAGAUGAGGUUAUGAAGUGCAAUUACAGAGUUUUUGGCGAAGUGUUAGCUUUUGAUGCCACCUACAGUACUAACCAGUAUAAUAUGAUUUUUGUUCCUUUUACGGGGGUUGAUCACAAUAAGAAUUGCGUAACAUUUGCGGCUGCUCUUCUUUAUGAUGAAACUAUUGAGUCGUUCACAUGGAUGUUGGAACAAUUUCUUGAAGCACAUGUUAAACAACCGAGGCUAGUGUUAACCGACCAAGACCCGGCAAUGAAACAAGCCAUAGCUAAAGUUUUCAAUGAAUCUGUCCAUCGUCUAUGUAUGUGGCAUAUUAUGGAUAAACUUCCUCAUAAGAUUGAUGGUGAUGUGUUACAGAAUACCAACUUGAGGCGUCACAAGUGGUUGUCUGAUAUGUUUUCUAUUAGAGAUCAGUGGGUCCCAGGUUAUUUUAGGGACAUACCAAUGUGUUGUUUAAUGAAAACAACGUCUAGAUGCGAAAGUUCAAACGCACUUUUUAAGGUAAACUCUAGCGCAUCGAAUACUUUGGUUCAGUUUAUGUUGUGUUUUGAGAUAGCAAUUGAUGGUCAACGCUACCGGCAACGGGUUUCUGAGCAUAAAACCGAAUCAACUUCUGCCGCCUUAUCCACUCCGUUACCUAUAGAAGCACAUGCAGCACUUGUAUACACCAGAAGCAUUUUUAAGGAGGUCCAAAAGGAGAUAUCUAAAGCCUUAUUAUCAUGUAUGAAUGGUAGACCUGAUGUUGUUGAUGGUUAUGAACAUUAUACGGUUUCUCACUUUGAAAAAGGGACCGUUAUUGGUGAUUACACGGUUAAGAUCAAUCCGAGUGAUAACUCGGUUACAUGCUCAUGUAUGUUAUUUACACGCAUUGGAUAUCUAUGUCGUCAUGUUUUUUCUGCAUACCGAUUUCGAGGCAUAAACAAACUUCCUGACAAGUAUAUAGCUCCAAGGUGGAAAAAAGAUGCAUUGCCUAAGAAAGUGUUCAACCUUGAAUUCCGUUAUGGUGUUGACAGCUCAGAAAGCUUUAAGCUUAAGUCAGAGGCGCUGAAUUUAGCUCAGCAGUGUGGUGAUCGAUUACGGGGUGAUUCAGUAAAGCUUGCUUGGUUUGUGGAACAAAUCAGGGCUAUUAAGAACACAAUUUUUGAAGAGGUCACAACUGAUCCAAGUUCUAAGAAUAAAGGUGGUGUAACACCCCAAAACCCGAAUGUUUAUAUUUGUCGUAUGUUCCUAUAUAACUUAGUAUGA